AGUGAUUACUUAUACUGCAAAGUAAAACAAAUUGUUAUACAACUAAGAGAUCCAAAUGCCCUAGAAUUUCCCGAAAAGCCCUAAAUUUUGGAGCGAUGGCCAAGUCGCUGCGAUCCAAGCGCAAGAUGCGACUGAGGACGAUCAAGCGGGAGAUUGCAGAGCCGCACUUCGAGAAGAAGGAGCUAGAGAAGCAGGCGGCGCUCGAGGCGGCCAUGGCGGCGCCCAAGGUGGAGGUGCGCCGCCGCGAGAGCAGCGCCAUGGAGAUAGAAGAAGAGAAAGUGGAGGAACAGGAGAAGAGCGGCAGUGGCGCAAUGGAGACGGACAUGAUGGCGUCGUCGUCUCUCAAGCCCAAGAAAUCGAUCAAGAAGAGGAGCAAGAGCAGAGGAAGGCUGAAAAAGGAGAAGCACAGGCAGAAGAAACUUAAGUUUUGAAGGCUUAGCUCUCGCGAUUCUAGCGGUGACAAAAUGAAUGUCGGGUGACCAGCUAAAAGUUUCUCUGUUUUUUUUUUUUUUUUCUUCUUCGCUGUGGAAGUAAACCGCGCUGCACAUUGGAAUUGCAAUGACAAAAUCAUGUACUUGAAAUUGUCA